AUGCUUUCGUCUUGGGGUAACUACCUUGAUCAUGAAUUAGACAAGAUGAUGUCUCGACCACGCAAGUAUGUAAAUUCAGUGCCCCCGCAGUCCAAUCCACGGCGUAUCGUUCAACGCCAUGCUCCAGGAAAAAUCUACCAGAGCUCAGAGGAAGACAGAGAGGGUCACUUGGCACUCAGUAGCUCUAGACAUCCCCGUGGAUCUGAGCUUUGGCACGACGACCACCAGUUUGUCGAUGAUUUUUGGGACAAGUUCAGUUCAGGUAAAUACUUCAUUGGAUUUGAUGAUUCUUUGCAUUCAAAGGAGAAGGAUGACAAGUAUAUGGUUUCUUACGAUGAUCCCGGAUUGAAACAGGAUGAGGUCAAGGUUGACUUUAAUGAAGAGGAUAACGAGUUGGUGAUACACGUGGAUCACGAGGAUCAUACGGAUAGUAGUGCAAGUAUUAAAACAUACCAAAGCGCAGUGAGGUUUGAGAAGCCUAUAAAAGCACAGGAAAUUAAAGCUGAGAUUGAUGAUAAUGGUAUUCAGUUGGUUUUGCCAAAAGUUCAUGCAGAUGAUGAGUAUAUCCAUCACGUAGUGGUAACACGUAGGGACAACAAUUCCUUGGGAAAUUGA